AUGGAAGUGAGAUGCCGUCCAGCGGUGCUGUUGUGUGUGGUGGCCGUCCUCUGCUCCGUGGUUCCGGGCUCCGUGGGCUCUCUGUUCGGGGACAGACAGUACCUGAACGAGUGGGCCGUGGAGAUCCCGGGUGGGAUGUCUGCCGCCCAGGCCAUCGCCAAGGAACUGGACUACGAUCUGGUCCGACAGAUCGGGGCCCUGGAAAACCACUUCUUGUUCAAACAUCAAAAUCAUCCUCGCAGAAUGAGGCGCAGCAGCGAGCACAUCACCAGGCAGCUGUCGGAGGAUGAUCGGGUGCUGUGGGCAGAACAGCAGUAUGAAAAGCGACGCAACAAGCGAGCGGCCCUCAGGGACUGCAGGGACUGUCCUGUGGACAAGCUGUUUGACGAUCCCAUGUGGAACCAGCAGUGGUACCUGCAAGACACACGGACAUCGUCCUCACUGCCGAAGCUGGACCUGCACGUGAUCCCCGUGUGGCAGAAAGGCAUCACUGGGAAAGGAGUGGUCAUCACCGUCCUCGAUGACGGCCUCGAGUGGAAUCACACAGACAUCUUCUCCAACUACGAUGCUGCGGCCAGCUACGAUUUCAACGACAAUGACCCUGACCCUUUCCCCAGAUACGACGCCACCAAUGAAAACAAACACGGCACCAGGUGUGCAGGGGAGAUUGCAAUGCAGGCAGACAACAAUAAAUGUGGAGUUGGAGUGGCGUACAACUCAAGGGUUGGAGGAAUUCGGAUGCUGGAUGGAAUCGUGACGGACGCCAUCGAGGCGAGCUCCAUUGGAUUCAAUCCAAACCAUGUGGACAUCUACAGCGCCAGCUGGGGACCCAACGAUGAUGGCAAGACGGUGGAGGGUCCUGGUCGUCUGGCCCAGAAGGCUUUUGAAUAUGGCAUUCAGAAGGGCCGUGGUGGGAAAGGCUCGAUCUUUGUUUGGGCUUCAGGUAACGGAGGUCGUCAGGGUGAUAACUGUGACUGUGACGGCUACACAGACAGCAUCUACACCGUCUCAAUCAGCAGCGCCUCCCAGCAGGGCCUGUCCCCGUGGUACGCUGAAAAGUGCUCCUCCACUCUGGCUACGGCCUACAGCAGCGGAGACUACACCGACCAGAGGAUUACGAGUGCUGAUCUCCACAAUGAGUGCACUCAGACUCACACUGGAACGUCGGCUUCUGCCCCUCUGGCUGCUGGAAUAUUUGCCCUGGCUCUGGAACAAAAUCCUGACCUCACCUGGAGGGACCUGCAGCACAUUGUGGUCUGGACCUCGGAGUUUGAUCCUUUGGCCAAUAACCCGGGCUGGAAAAGGAACGGAGCUGGGCUCAUGGUCAACAGCCGCUUUGGCUUUGGACUUCUCAAUGCCAAAGCCCUUGUGGACCUCGCUGACCCGGCCGUGUGGAAGCACGUGCCAGAAAAGAAGCAGUGCAUCGUCAGGGAUGAUCAUUUUCAACCAAGGGAGCUCAAAGCUGCAGGAGAGAUCACUAUAGAGAUCCCAACCAAAGCCUGUGCAGGACAGGAGAACGCCGUUCGCUCUCUGGAGCACGUGCAGGUGGAGGCCAGCAUCGAAUACACCCGGAGAGGAGACCUGCACAUCACACUCACCUCCCCGGCUGGCACCACCACGGUCCUCCUGGCAGAGCGAGAGAGGGACACUUCAGCUAAUGGCUUCAGGAACUGGGACUUCAUGUCCGUUCACACAUGGGGAGAAGAUCCUGCUGGCACCUGGACCUUAAAGAUCACAGACACUUCGGGCCGAAUGGAGAACAAGGGGCGGAUCUUGAACUGGAAGCUGAUUCUCCAUGGAAUGUCAGAGAAACCGGAGCACAUGAAGAAACCUCGUGUGUACAUUCCUUACAACGCUGUGCAGAAUGACCGCCGAGGUGUGGAGCAUAUGGAUGACAUGAUGGAGGAGCCCACCCAGGCCCGCCCACCUCAGAAGACAGAGGCUGCACCAGCAUCUCCUUCAAAUUCAAACAAGGAGCCCCAAACCCCUUCAGACUCCCUUUACUCCCCUUCUCUGGCCCUGCUGCGUCUCCUGCAGACCGCCUUCAACCGACAAGGAGCCGCGUCACAGCAGCAGAAGCAACAACAACACACCGCACCGAGGCCCUCCCCCAGCUGGAGGAAGCAGCAGCUGAGCCAGGGCGUCUUUCCAACAAAGUUCCCGGCACAAAAGCUGUACCAAGCUCUGGACUUGAUCAACAAGUACAGGGGCCCCGAGGACAGUGUCUACAGCGACUACAGCGACGGCUUUUACAACAUCAAGCCGUACAGACACAGAGACGACCGGCUGCUGCAGGCCCUGUUCGAGAUGUUGGAUGAUGCUCGGAAGUGAGCGCCGAGAGAAGAGGCAGGGGGAGGCGGAGGAGAUGAAGAAGAGUGUUGGCUUGGGAGCAGAGGAACAAGGCGCAGGAUUACAAGGAAGCAAAGAGAUGUUACCAGGUCUAAGUGAAA